GAAGUUAAAUAUUCAUUGUAGUAGGAAGCACCUACGGUUAGCAAUUCAAAUCCUUGACUUAUUUUACUGGAGACAUUUACGCUAAGAGUAUUAGUAAUCUGCCGGAACUUUAAUGAUCAUUCAACAAAGGUGGAAGUGAGAUCUCUUGCAGGCCUGGUUGGACCAAUUUGCUGCACUGCAAUAUGAGCAUCACUUCAAACACCACUCUCGACAGUCACCUAACCAGUAACCACUGGGCUUCCAUAAACUACUAUCCUGGUGGAAUGUCUGGGUACACCAGUGGUAACUCAUGGCUUCGUGAUUCCCAGCCACAAUUCUGGAGUAAAUAUCAAGUGUGGGAGUGGCUGCACCAUGUCAUGGACAUAAACCAGAUUGAUGCCUCCAACAUCCCCUUCCAAAACUUUGAUAUGGAUGGCCACCAGCUCUGCAACCUGACCUAUCAGGACUUUCUCCACGUUGCAGGAAGUCUUGGGCCCAUUCUUUUCCAAAGCAUAUCAGAUCUCAAGUGGGCCGCUGACAGUUCCUGUCCCUUUUCAGAAGACAGCUAUCCACAAACAGAUGUCUAUGACUCAUCAAUCCAACCUCAUGUACCUGCUGUCUCACUUAUCCCUUCCAGCCCUGAAAUGAAAAUGCCCUACAGUCUUCAACAUCAGGUCAAAAAACACAAUCCAAGGGGGUCCCAUUUGUGGGAAUUUAUCAGAGACAUUCUACUGCAUCCUGACCGCAAUCCAGGACUAAUCAAAUGGGAGGAUCGGGCAGAAGGGGUUUUUCGUUUUCUUAAAUCAGAGGAAGUGGCACAGUUGUGGGGCAAGAAGAAAAACAACAGCAGCAUGACCUAUGAGAAACUGAGUCGGGCAAUGAGAUAUUACUACAAAAGGGAAAUCCUAGAACGAGUAGACGGGCGCAGACUGGUGUACAAAUUUGGUAGGAACGCAAGAGGAUGGAGGGAGUCUGAGAAAUAAUGGAAUUAUUUUAUAGACUUGAAUGUUGUAUGAUUUUAGUUGAUUUGAUGUUUUUUAUUAGAUAAAUGUGAGAUUCUGACUUUGUACUUUUGCCGAAAGUGAGAAACCGUUUUUGUUUUUUUUAUAUACUAUAACACAUUGUAGACCAGAUAGUCCAAAAUGAAGACAUGUGACUACAUGUCAGAUGACUAAUAUUGUAAAUGAGGCU